AGUUUAGAAUGCCUUGAUGAAGGAGUACAAAGUGGUGGUUUUAGGAUCAGGAGGAGUAGGCAAGUCUGCUAUAACACUACGCUAUGUCCAGGGUCUCUUUGUGGCCCGGUAUAAUCCCACUGUUGAGGACUUCUACAGACACCACGCUAGACUUGAUGAGGAGGAGGUGAUGGUUGAGAUCCUGGACACAGCCGGAACUGAACAGUACAGCUCCAUGCACCAACUCUACAUAGACCACGGACAAGCCUUUGUCCUAGUGUACGCCAUCGACAACAAACAGAGCUUCAGAGACGUGGAACCGCUCCUGAACCAGAUCCUGGACAUGAAGAACGAGCGGCACUUCCCCAUCAUAGUGGCGGGAAACAAGAGUGACAGGGAGGAGUACAGAGAGGUGGACAGGGAACAUGUGGAGAGGACAGCUAAGGAUGUGUGGUUAGUUCCCCACAUCCACACCAGCGCUAAAGAGGACCUCAAUGUGGGGGAGUUGUUUAGGAGGGUGUUGAGGAUGAUCAAGAGUUAUCAGGACAAACAGCAGGCUGUGAAGAGAAAACAAUACAGUAAGAAGAGUAGCGGGUGUUGUGUGUUGUUGUGACUGUGAGGUUAACAUUAUAGGGUGGUGUGACCUUAAAAUACGUGGUUCGACGUCAUAACACGUGGUGUGACGUCAUAGCACGUGACACAUUGAUCGCUAUGACACAAUAUUUGACGUCUCAGUUGGUUUUACCUGUUUUUUUGUUUUUCUAGUGGACUCCUAUCUAGUCUAUUUUGUAUACCUAUCUUAGUAUUAAAUGUUCUUCGAUUUAUGUUCUAGGAUCAUUGAAUUUGAUGAAUGAUAAGAAUUUAGUGCUGUCGCGCUGUAGUAGUAUUCGAUAUAUUGCCGCAACAUAUGCAAAGUGUUAGCUCAUUAUAACAUUAAUUUUAUGGUUUACAGCUAUGUUACUUGUAAGGUUUUGUGUAUUAUAAUUUCUUUAUAAGGAAUUUAAGUUACAGGAGUUACGUAAUCUGAGAUGUUCUUAAGUGUCAGCUAAUUAUACCGACGCUGCUUUAGCAUGGUUUAAGAAUUAAUCUGUAUCUAGCAUCUGGCACGUGACCUGCGUAUAUAUAUCAUGAUGACAACUAGGAUAUAACAUUGGAUUUAGAUUAUCAUAUAUAUAUAGAGAAAACAAACUGUUCACCAAUAUACUUACAGAUCUGCAUGCAGUUUGGAGGUGAACCAAAUGUUUCUGGCACAUUAGAGCAAAGAACCAAUGAGCAUGCAGCAUUGGAAUAUUAAGACCAAAUGUCAUUUUCACGUCUCUAAAAAUAUAUAGUUCACCUCUCCAUAAAUAUCUAAUGCUUUUCUUAUUUUUGACGCAAUGUUUCCAUUGGCAUCACCAUAUUAGGAAUCUGACAGCUAUAUUAUGCAAAUGCUAGCUGUAAAUUCUAGGCUAAUAUGCUGACUUUCAAAUUACAUACGUUUCAAAAUAUUAGUUGGUUUUGUUUACAUUGUAGCUGGCAACUUAAAAGGGGCCGAAUUAAGUUAUUAUAUUAACUUAAAAGUUAAUCAGUUAUUUAGUUAGCUUUUGAACGCUUAUUUUGUACAGACAGAGUAUUUUUAUAAACAUAUUUUAAACCUUGACCAUGUUUAUGUGAACAUGCAGAUAUUUAGUAUAUAAACAUGGAUUUUUUAUUCGGGAGAUCCAAACAAAUCCAUGAUCGCUUUUAUACGUGACGUCUUUUCUAUCCUCCUGUAUAAAUUAACUGUCACUUACGAAUAAUUAUUAUAUCUUACUAUCACUAUCAAUCUAACUAGUCCUUUUAUAAUAUUAUCAUUCAGCACAUUACAAAUCGGCCAUCGGGGACAUGUUAGAGGACUUUUAACGUUUGCAUUUUCUAGAACAUCAGCUAGUUUACUCUGGAAAUUUUAGCGUUAUUGUUUGAAGAGUUCGCAUUUGUACUGAAGAUUUAAAUCUCAUGCUUGUUUUUUUAGCUAGUAGUACAAUCGUUUUAUAUAUCACAAUCAAUACAAUACAGUAUGUAGAUUGUAGAAAUAUGUCGCUGUUACAUGUUGAAUUAUUUUAUAAUAUUUGUGGCAAAUUCUUGGUUGUAAUAAGGGCUUGAGAGGUUUAGAUUAUUAGAGAGGCGGAUUCAGGUUUAUUUAUUUUGGAGAGUAAAAUGGAAAUAAUGAAGUGAGUUGUACUGAUUUGGUGGCACGGAGGUUCUGCAUAUAAAGGAAAAUGUUCUGGUAAUAUUAUCCCUCUACUCAGCUUCAGUGGACAAAUUGAACUGAAAAAAUAGCUUAUUGCAAUGGACAUUGCAUAGAAAUAAUAAUUGUAUAAUAGAAUUUAUCGCCUCAUAGUACUUCCUACACUCGCUUUGGGCAAAUUGAAUUUUACAAGGGUAUGUCCAGGCCAUAGCUUUGAACCCGCCUAUGCUUAAAAGCAGAUAGGGAUUUCAAAUAAAUCCAUGUACUAUUUAUACUUACUUUUAUUUGACGAACAGAGUAAUUUAUUUUUAUGAUGAUAAUAUAAUAUGAUACAGAUUUUUUUUUCAUUUAAAACCGAUAACCGUAAUGGUAUUUCUUAUUUUUUCAUCAGAGGUAAUAAAUGUUACAUAAAUAAUCUGGUUUUUAUGUAGAAUUUUUAUUGUUUAUAGUACGUAUAGGAUAAAAUCCAAACUUUCUUAAAGUCAUAUAAUCAUUGUUUAUAUCAAAUAAUGUUAUGUUUUCGAUAUAA